CUCUGACGCUUUAUGCCGCGGGCAGUCGCUAGUAUAAUAAUUUCUGUCGGGUGCUCGCCAGUCGCCAGUUACUACACUAUGCGUCGAGGCUUGUGUGUAUCCCUCGUUCUCUCUUUCACUUUCUUAUCAGUAUUGCAGCGCACUGAUUGUUCGACAUCAUUAUAUUAUAUAUAAAUAUUUAGUUAUAUUGAUACUCUAACGAUCAUUGUUGUUUUUAAAUAAUCGUCCGGGAGGAUAAUAGUGGUAAAUUGGGAAAAUUAUGGCUGACGACUACGGAAGUAUGGAGGACAAUUCUGGUGAUAUGAACACCAAAUUUGGGCUGCGAUUGCGUGGGCGCAAAGGAGCUUUAAAAAAGAAGAAUGUCUAUAACGUCAAAGAUCACAAAUUUAUACCGAGAUUCUUUAAGCAGCCGACUUUCUGUAGCCAUUGCAAGGACUUUAUAUGGGGUUUUGGAAAACAAGGAUUUCAAUGUCAAGUAUGCAGUUUUGUUGUGCACAAACGAUGUCAUGAAUUUGUUUCUUUUACUUGCCCUGGAGCCGAUAAAGGACCUGAUUCUGAUUCUUCCAGGACCAAGCACAGGUUCAAAGUGCAUACCUACGCUAGCCCAGCAUUUUGCGACCAUUGUGGCUCAUUAUUGUACGGUAUCAUACAUCAGGGAAUGAAAUGCGAAGCAUGUGAUAUGAAUGUACAUAAGCGGUGUCAAGAGAGUGUUCCGAAUUUAUGCGGUUGCGAUCAUACAGAACGACGUGGACGAAUAGAAGUGAAAGUCACGUGCCACGGAACGAAACUUAUCAUAGAAAUUCGCCAAGGAAAAAAUCUCAUUCCCAUGGAUCCUAACGGGUCAUCAGACCCCUAUGUAAAGUUGAAACUUAUACCAGAUACAGACAACAUAAAGAAGAAAACCAAGACAAUCAAAUCAUCGUUAAAUCCCGUAUGGAAUGAGACAAUUACGUUUGAGCUGAAGCCUGAAGAUAAAGAUCGCAGAUUAUUGAUUGAGGUGUGGGAUUGGGACAGAACGUCAAGAAACGAUUUCAUGGGAUCUUUGUCGUUUGGGAUAUCAGAAUUGAUCAAAUCGCCAGUAGAAGGUUGGUUCAAACUAUUGACUCAAGAAGAAGGGGAAUUCUAUAAUGUACCCGUGCCCGAAGAAGGUGCCGAUCUAGCUGCACUAAAAUAUCAAAUGCGGGGCUCAAAAACGCAAAGUCGAAAUUUGAAGACAUCAUUAACCAGUAGAAAACCAAUGGUGCCUGACAAGGAUGUACCUCAUAAUAUGGGGAAAAAAGAUGUAAUAAGAGCGUCGGACUUCAACUUUUUACAAGUGCUCGGAAAAGGCAGUUUUGGAAAAGUAAUGCUGGCUGAGCGUAAGGGAACUGAUGAGUUAUAUGCGAUAAAAAUUUUGAAAAAAGAUAUAAUUAUUCAAGACGAUGAUGUCGAAUGCACCAUGGUAGAAAAACGUGUAUUAGCGUUGUCAAGUAAACCACCAUUCCUCGUACAACUACACUCUUGUUUUCAGACUAUGGAUCGUCUAUAUUUUGUAAUGGAGUAUAUAAAUGGCGGAGAUUUAAUGUUUCAAAUCCAACAAUGUGGAAAAUUUAAAGAACCUGUCGCCGUAUUUUAUUCCGCAGAAAUAGCCAUUGGACUUUUUUAUUUGCAUCUCAAUGGUAUUAUAUAUAGAGACUUGAAAUUAGACAACGUACUAUUGGAUCAAGAUGGUCACAUAAAAAUCGCUGAUUUUGGUAUGUGCAAAGAAGGUAUUAUGGGCGAUAAGACUACAAAGACAUUUUGCGGUACACCGGAUUAUAUUGCCCCAGAGAUAAUUUUAUACCAACCGUAUGGCAAGUCUGUCGAUUGGUGGGCUUACGGGGUUCUCCUGUAUGAAAUGUUGGUUGGACAGCCACCAUUUGAUGGAGAAGACGAAGAAGAACUUUUUGCGGCUAUCACUGAUCACAGCGUUAGUUACCCAAAAGGAAUGUCAAAAGAAGCUAAAGAAAUAUGCAAAGGGUUUUUAACUAAAAAUCCUAUGAAAAGAUUGGGAGGAGGUCCCAGGGGCGAAGAAGACAUUCGGGGACAUGUAUUUUUCAGACGUAUCGAUUGGGCAAAAAUUGAAAACCGGGAAGUGCAACCGCCGUUUAAACCAAAAAUCAAACACCGUAAGGACGUGAGCAAUUUCGAUAAGCAAUUCACUGGUGAAAAAACAGAUCUUACCCCCACCGAUAAACUGUUCAUGAUGAAUCUAGACCAAACAGAGUUCAUGGGUUUCUCAUUUCUCAACCCAGAAUUCAUUCAGCAUGUAUAAUUUAUUUAUUUCCUUUAUAAGUAUCCUUUUUUCAAUUUUAUUACAGGGUUUUCCUUUACACUCCUUCGCUGUUAUCUUAUCCCGUCUUUGUCUACCAAUUCCGAAUUCACUAUAGUCAAUUGGACAUUACACAACACCCAUCGAAUUUCUUUCAGUGUUUUCAACUGAUAUACUUUUUGAUCAUAAUCCCUAAUCACGUUAUCAAAACAAAAAAAAGAAACACACAUUUUCUGUUUUACAAUUCAGUAUUAUACUACUAUUACUACUACUACUACUAUAUUUAUUACCAUUUCGGCCAACCUUGUUAUCAUGAAUUAACUAAUUUACUUAAGUAGUACACGGAAUUUCUACGGAAUGUUUUCCGCAUGUCUGACCUUUGUUGUCAUACCAUUCACAGUAUUGUCUAUCGUAAGUUUAGAGUAUUGUCAUAUAUUUCGUAGUAGUGAUGAAGAAUAAUUAUUCAGCAAACGUCUGUAUUUCAGAACUGAAGUGUACGCAUUUUAAUUUGGGCGCACAUGAAUUGCCUUCCAAAUCUAGUUAAAUGACCUCUUUUCAUUUGAAUCAUCGGGGUGUUUUCGGAAGUAUUUCAAGUACCAAUAGCCGAUUGUAAUGUUCAAAAAUAUUAUUUUUAUGAAUUAAUACACACAUUAUUUUUUACUUAUUAUUGCUCUGUUAAUCGUCUAUACAAAAAAUAUUUCAAGGAAGGGGGGAAGUUAAGGUUGUGCAUUUUUAUACUUAUAUAAUGAAAAGUAUGUUGAAAAAAAAUAUUUUUUCUCUAUAAAACAUAUUUAAUAAUUUUCCCAACUUUUUUUUUGUAUUGGUAGAAGUUCUAACCUAGGGUGCUAGGAGGCAAUUAUUUAAGUGAUUUUUAAAUCAGGAACUAGUUUAAGUUACCUUAAAACAAAAAAAAAAAUCACUGAAGGCAAUUCGAAUGUGUCCUAUAGCUCUUUAAUUUAACGUGGUACUUCAAGGGUGUAUACUGUAUAGACGUUAACCAAAGAACAUCGUUCCAUGUAAUAGGAUAAAAUUGGGACCAUUACGCCUAUUGAUAUGAUGUGUGGCUUUAAUUGUUUUGCAUAGAUUUAAUCCAAAGUAAAGUAGUUUUUAGAAAUAAAUUUGACAUUCUAAAAAAAAAAAUCUUUCAAAAUUAAAUACAAGUUUUAUCUGUGAUCUAAACAAGUGCAAUAGACACAAGAUGUCAUUAAAUUUAAAUAUUAUUUCUCUCGUUUUAUAUUACAUAAUAUUCAACGUUAGAAUAUCCUAAACAAACAUAGUUACCUUGUUUCCGUUUAUUCCCUUUAUGAUAAAUACGAACAAACGUGUUUUUGUGUAGAAACGAUAGAUUGUGUCUAAAUAUUUUUUUCUCGUUUAAAAAUUAUUUUAGUGAAAACUUAUUCGUACCUAUAUAUAAUAUAAUAAUUAUUAUUAUUAUUGCUUAAAUAUUUACGUUAUUAUUUAAAUUAUUAUUAAAUUACAUAUAUUAAUAUAUUAUUAGUCACUCUCGUUUAAAUAUUUCGAGAUUAUAAUUUUGAAACAUUAUUAAUGUUUAUUAUUCGUAAAAGACAUUAAUUUAUAUCGAUCGUUUGAAAUAAAAGUAAAUUAAAUGAAUAUUUUUUAGUGUCUGAGAUUUAUGGAUGAUAAUUCAAAACACCGUGAUAACAGUAAGACGCAAUGUACUUAACAAUUUUUUAAAUAAUACAACGUACAUUUUUGUCAAACGAUCUAUAUUUCUCAUUUAUUCAUAUUAUGUGUUUGCAUAUUUUAAAUAAUAUUAUGAUAUAAUAUUUAGGUGAUUUUGGGAUUAACAACAUUUUAAGUGAUAUUUUACUAAACUAUAUUAUAGUAAAUCAAAUUGGUAGUAACUAUGUAUUAUUUACUUCUAGCUAACUUUAACUUGCUCACAACUUAAGUCUAUUUGUAUUUAAGUUUAAAGUAGGAUCUGGUGUUAAAUUUCUAAAAAAAAAUAUUCAACGAUCAAAAUUGUAUUUACUAUAAAUGUUUAGUUUAUUUUGUGUUGUCUAGUUUGUAUAUAAGUGUUGUACUUUGUACGCCUAAUUAUUCUUUUAUCAUUAUAUUUAUGUAAUCACAUUUUAUUGUUAAAAAAGUCUUUUAAUGUACAACAAUUUUGUUAAAAAAAUAAUUAAUUAUGUAUCUAAUAAUACGGGCUUGGGGGAAUUUUAUUCGUAUUUAUUGUUGAUAAUUUUUAAUGUUAUUAUUAUUGUAACUUACAUUUUGUGCACUUUUUUUUUACUUAAUUGUUUUAUUGUUUUCGGUCGUAUUAUUUUCCCUCUCAUAUUUAUAAAUAUUAAAAUUGGUACACCAUUCAAUCAUUAUUAUUGUCAUUGUAGUCAAUUUACGUAUUAAUAAUUUGUUGCUAUUUUAUAAACUUCUACCAUUAUUAUUUUAUAGUUUGAUAAACAAUUACUAAGUAUUCUUGUCAGCUUCUAAAUAUUCAGCUAUAAAUACUAUGUUUAAUUUUACCGAAUCCAUGGUUAUUUUAAUUUAAUUUUUUUAAUUUCUUAUCAUUACACUUUUCAUAUUUUAAAUAAUUUUAGACACAAGUUAGUCAAUAGGCUAAAAUUGUGUUAAACACACCAUUAAAUUAAAAAAUUAUACACCAUUUGAAAAUAAUAAAUAUAUUAUUAAUUGUUUAUAAUACUGACAAUCAAAUAUCACUUAGUAAUUUCUGUCACAAUAUUUUAUCUUCUUCUUUAAUACAUUUUAUUAAUGUGCCAAAGUUUCUCUCAGUUUUGUUGAAUAAAUUACACCUAUAUAGAUUUUAACAAUUGUUUAGAUUUUAAUUCAUUUUAAAAUAAAUUAUAAUAAUAUAACUAAUAGUUUUAAAAUGUAAUACGUUGUAUUUUAUUUGUUUUUUUUUUCAAUUAAAGAUUAUUAUACUCAUUUAUACAUGCGA